AUGGAGCCACCCUGCCCAGAGGUGCAGAUAAGAGGCUGUGGGGCGUCUCCUCGGUUCUCUGUGAGGAGUCGGUCAAAGAAGCACUGCGAGAACCAGGAGAAUCUUCUCCACUCUGACCAGCAAGCCCCAGACCGCAUCUCUACGUCUCCCACUUACAGGAGAUUAAGGGGCAAUGUCUGUGGAGCAACACUGCUGCCUCAGCAAGAGACCUAGGAAGUGGUCACCUGGAAAGAGCCUGGAAGCCAGCAGGAGCCUGCCUGCUCUCCACGUUACCUCCCCAAGAGUCCGCGAAGCCCAAAGAAUUCUUCACAUUCUCUAUCGCCCUUGAGACUCCAACCAAGAUUCCCUCCGGAUCCCCAAAGGUCCUCAACACAACUGGCUCAUUUGAACCCCUUCUCCUAUCUACGGCCAUACCACCCUGAACACAUCCAGUCUUAUCUGAACCCCUUCCCCUGCUUCAGCCCAUCAGUGGGGGGUCUUUUUCCCAGGCCUCUCUUCCAGAGAGAGGAAGCCACUCACCACCCAGCCCUGCCACAAGGCCUCCUGGUUCUCGGAGUAGAAGGUCAGGUUAGCGAUGGUCUGUCGGCCAUUAGAUAUAGUAAAGGCAGCCCUCUUGCGAUCCAGGCCAUUGAAGACAACCUGAUCAACGUGUCUAUUCCUUCAAGAAGCUUAUUUGAAUACCUGCUCUAUGUCAAGUGCUAUGCGAGGUUCUAUGAGCAUAGGCAGGGUUUUGCGGUGCUCAACUUCCCUGGACUUGGGGUGUUCCCGGGGAACAUUCCGGUGUCAGAUGUAGCUGCAGAUUACCUGUGCCACCCCCUUCUGCUACUGAAUUCAGAAUCCAAAAAGCCAAGAUGGUGUUUCUCCCAGAGAGGCAUGGAGAGUGGCGAAGACAAACACAGGCACAUACCUGACCUGGAGAACUGCCUGUCCUCAGUGAAAAUUACAGACUUCAGGGACUGUGAGUUCCACUGCCAUAACGAUAAAACCUGGAAUGAAAUCAUGGAAACAUAUCAAAAACUUCCUACCAAUUAAUUAGACUUGAGAAAGCAGCAAGUGGCCGUGUGGGAAGUCUUCAUGGGUGAAUGCAUUGAUUUCUUGGACCAUUUAUCAGUUCCUAAGAUGAUCUUCAUGAAUACAUUAAAAUAUCUACAAACUCAUGAAUAUCUUCCGGAUGUAGAUUUAUGGAGACUUUUUGCAAACCUAGAAGAGUUAAGUCAGACAAGCUUCGAUUUUGUAAACAGUGUUUUUGGCAUCAUCAAGGACUAUGCUGAGCCUUCUGAGACCUCACUACUGAUGGAUUUCAUCUCCAUGCUCACAAAGUAUUUCUGAGGCAGCCUCUGUCAGAGCCACCAGACCUUGAAUUACUUAGUCACUGUCUUUUAUCUUGAGAGCCUGAGGCAAAGAGAUGACUUUGGAAUUUAUUUAAAGUGGUGUGAGCAAAAUGAACAGUGAGGACGGCUCCACCUGCCUGAGCUGCUGGUGGCCCCACUGGACAGAUGGGGUGACUUGACCUUGUUGCUAAAGAAUGUCUGGAAAUGGAGUAGAGACUCUAUGGAGAAAAUCAUGAUCUACAACAUCAAGGAAAAGAUGGAAAGGUCAAUCAGGAUCCUUGAAGGAAAAGUGAAGUGGCUUGACAAUUGCCAAAAAUGUAGACAUCUAUGGAAGAUUAUUGUGUGGCCUCCACUAUGGGAUAGAAACAAAAAGUUUCUCUCCUUGUUUUGCCUGAAACAUAUUUUUAAAGAACACACGGCAGAAAACAUCUUGUCACCAACCACCAGACACCUUUUCUAUGAAGGAAAAUUAACUCUUGCAGAAAGCACAAGAUUCCUAGGUGUUUAUAUAUUUCUCUUUGAUGAUUUCCUCUUAGUUGUGAAAACUAAUUGCAACAAAAAGAAACUUGAAGGUUCAGGCAUUGGUUUAAUGUGUCCUUCGCUUACUGCUGAGCCGUGAACAGUAAUAAAAGAGGGUGGUUCGUGUAUGGUACUUGAUCAGCCCAUUCCACUAGACCGAUUGGUGGUCAAAAGUAUCGAUCCACUCCACAUGUCUGCGUUUGGGCUGAGAAAUGCUUUCCUUGUACAACAUGAAAACAGAUAUCGACGGUGUGUAGCAAUGUUCUUAUUCCAAACCCAAAGAGAAAAUAUCAAAAAAACACGGAUGACACAAAUAACAGCAGCAAUAUCUUGCUUCACCAAGAACCAGGAAACCAAGAAGAUAUCUUUAUUUACGUCACCUGCAGAAUCUUCUGAAUUGUAG